AUGUCGAACGAUCGUUCAUGGUUCGUUCUGACCAAGGAGGACGCCCGUGGCCUGCAAGAGUACGGCCUGUUGAAUCUGAACCAUGAGAUUGGAUAUCAUGAACUGCACAAAGGUUGCUUCCUUAGCCACAAUGAUCUCUCACAUGCCCUCCGCAGAUCCCCAGCAAAGCCGUCCGAUAUGCUCAAGAUACCAAUGAUUAUCAUUUCACGGGAAGCGCUCAUCUGGCUUGGCUUCAGUAACAAGAUGGCCGACCAGCUGUGGCAACAAUGGCUCUACCUUCACAGCAACAGAAGGCCAGGCAUCUUUGAAUUCCGCGACGUCAUCUUGACCUAUUUUCGUCUUCCCGACGUUGCCGAUGAGCCCAUCUCACUCUUGGCGCACAAGGGCCGCCCAGACAAAGAUGAAGACGAGGUGCCUGAUUUCUACACCGCAAAGGAUCUUCCCUACAGAGAACCAGUUCUCGAAUCUACAUUUCUCGCAGGGCUCAGAGGACCGCCGGAUGCUCCUCCUUGCGCCUGCACUGUUCGCAAGGACAGCGAAAGACGUACAACACAGGACCACUUGAUAUUGUACAAAGUCGUGACCGGUACGCAGCUCAAGAACAUCAGAGUAUCUAGCUCCGGUAAUCUCGGCCCUGUGGGGUUGUCCAACAUCGACAGCUUGGUAGAAGUAUCCAGAGAGCCCGAGCGGGAACCUUUUCUCUAUAACAAUGUUACCGGCGACGGCGACCCCCAAGACAGAGUGGCUUCCGUGAUGCCGCGGAGAAGAGCUCACAAAAGAGCAGACCUCGUCUUUUUCACGUGUAACCCCGAGCACGCGCUGGCUAAGUACAAGUGGGCUGUGCACCGGCUCGACAAGCGCGUUGGGGCCGUUGACGCCGCCAAAUUCGCUGGUGGUGCAGAUGUGCAGAUACUGGAGAUUCGCAUCUCCAUGGAUGAAAUGGAAUACCUCCGUCGGGCUAUGCUCGCCUACCACAUCCCGUACUCGUCCGCGUCGAACAUGGUAGCGUUCCUUAUGUGGCAGGAGAUGGUCUUCUUUUCGAGGCUGAAGGAGCUGGCCAGGUCCAAGUUCCCAUUCAUCGAGGCUAUUUUUUGGAGGGUAUGGACCAAACUUCAACCGGAAAUACAGGAAGCCAGGCGAUCCGCAGGACCAACGCUACGUGCUAUCCAAAAUGACCAGUGGUUUGUGCUAUGCUUUUCCGCUGUUAGGAGGAGGGGUUGCUGGAAUUAUGUUUCGAUGAAGCUGGCCGAGAUCGUAGAGAAAGGCACAGUCACCUCUAGCAAGCCAACGACAACGGCACCGCCGCCAACAUCAACAAGCAAUAAAAACAUUCCCACGUCAGCAUCGUCGUCCGCACCGCUCAGUACGGCCGCUAACAACGGCCCAGCACCUGAUGAGGACUUUAUGUCGGCAAACAUUCCAUAUACACGUGAAGAGUAUGUCUUCAACGUGUCAACGUAUUGGGGGAAUAGAUGGUUUCUCACAAAUGUUUGUUACUUUGAGACUUACAAGUUGAUUUCGGAGGAGAUUACCACUCAAACGGACGAGGAAAAUAUAUAUGACCUGGAAGACACACCAGCGGACGUGGGAGCGGAAGCGGAAGGGGAUGAUACCUGUACGACUACUGUAUAGGGGAAGGCUUAGAAACAGCGCUGUGAUUUCAUUACUUUGCUGACGAGCUUUUGGAAAUAUAUAGGUACUUAGUUAGCUGAGACAGCGAUGCGAACACGCUUAAUUGAUCAAAGUAUGG